CAUCCUAUAAUUCAACAUCAAAACACAAAAACAAAAACACAUUAGUCUACAUUUCAUAACAAUGGCUUCCAACAAGCUUAAUGCACUCAUUAUACUGUUUUCUCUUCUUUGUUACUCAACAUUUUCACAUGCUUGUGGUUCAUGCAAACCACCAACACCUAAGGCUAGCCCUCCUCCUUCAACAUCACAAAAAUGUCCAAAGGACACAUUAAAGCUAGGUGUUUGUGCUGAUGUUCUAGGACUUGUUAAUGUUGUUGUUGGAAGUCCUGCAUCAAGCAAGUGUUGUGCAUUGAUUCAAGGCUUGGCUGAUUUAGAAGCAGCACUUUGUCUUUGUACUGCUAUUAAGGCUAAUGUUCUUGGUAUCAACUUGAAUGUUCCUAUCUCACUCAGUCUCUUACUUAGUGCCUGUGAAAAGUCUGUCCCUUCUGGUUUCCAAUGCUCGUAGGUUCAAACCAUACUAGUACUGCUUGCAUUGGAACUAUAAUAAUUUUAACGAAAUUUCAAUGACACCGUAACGGAGGUCACGGUGUCACUGAUAUUAUUAUGUUAUGAGAUGUUUGUCAUUGUGGUAACGAGGUAUGUCUUAUUUACAAAUUUUUUAUGUUAAGUAAAUUUGGGGAACUUUCAUUUGAUGAUUGUGCUUGUCAUGCUUAAAUUUAUGUAAUGCAUGGAUUAUUGUAAUUUUUUAUUAUUAGUUUAUAAUUAUUGGAGUUGGGAGAAUUGGAGCAGAUGCUUAAUUAGUGGAACUGAAUUGUAUUAUUAUUGUUAAACUAAGUAUUAAUUUUGGUGCAUAUUAUUGAAUUUGUCAUUCACGUGAA